AUGUAUCUCUCUAAAUUAAUAAGACUCUUUAGAAUUAAAGAACCAUUUUUAUCAUAAUAAGAAAUAGAUCAGGAAUAAGAGACCUUAAUUUAAGUUUAAAAGAAGAUUAAUUUUGCAAUGGAGAUCUUUAAAAGCGUAUUAGAGUUUCUAUUAGGGUAUAGACUAUUACCUAAUUUAUAUUCAAUUACUUUUUUCCUAUUAUCACUCUCAAGUUUAAGUUCAAUAAUUUUAAUACACCAAAAAACAAAAAUAAAAUCACUUUUUCGAGUUUUACAUUCAUUAUUGUUUUCAGCACUUUAUUUACAUAAAUUUUAAACGUCUGAUUUUUUGAUUAUUUACCUUAUUUAUGUUUCAUCAGCUAUUGAAUUGGAUGCUUUGAAAGUUUUCUAUUAUGUAGGAUUUUAAGUUAUUUAUGAGAUAUUAAAACCUGAAAAUUUUAUCUUAAAUAACGGAGAGCAAAUAUUUUCUUGGUUAAUUUUAUGUACUAUUUAUCUUAAUUUAUUUGUGACCAAUAAAAAAAAACUAUCCCUUACAUUUCCUUAAUUUAGUAUUGCAAAGGAUGCAGAUAGUUAUGAUGAAUAACUAUUUGAUAUAAAUGAAAAGCAAUACCUUAUCAUAUUAAAUGUAAAUCAUAUUGAUAUUUAUUAAUAAGGUCAGGAAUCAUGAGGUUUUAUAUGUGAAUAAACCCUUUUUAAAAAAAUUCGGAGCGCAAACAUCUAUUUUAGGCAAGUUGGAAUAAUUCAUUGUUCAGAAUGACCAUGAAUAUAACAAUGAUGGAAAUAAAUCAACUGAUCAUUAUUUUACUAAAUCUACAAAUAUUUUAGAAAGUCUAAACCAUUAAGAUUUAUUUUUAUAGAUGCCCUUUAUUGUUCAAGCAUAAUUAGAUGAUUAAAUUUAUAAAGUAAAUAUGUAAUAAUGCACUUGGAAGGGAUAAUAAAGUUAUGCAAUUAAUAUAAUUAAUAUAACAGAUGAUUAAAUGGUUUUAGAAUUGAAAAAAUUAGAUUCUUAUAAAGAUAAUAUUCUUGCUACAGUAAGUCAUGAUUUAAAAAAUCCUAUUGGGGCAAUUUAUUAAACUUUAUUAUUUGUUUAAGAAGAUUUAUAAAAAUUAAUUUAAUAAUAAUAAGAUUUAUAAUAGAGUGUCUAGUUUAUAGAUAUUUGUAUUAAUAACAUUUAGUUUUUGCAAAGCUUUGUUAAGGAUUUAUCUGAUUUUUAGAUGAUAAAAAUGCAAAAAUUGAAAGUUUUCAUAACAUAAUUCGAUAUUUUAAAUAUUUUUUAGUAAAUUUAAUAAGCAUUUUAAUUGCAGUUAUAAAUAAAAUAAAUUGAAUUUUAUAUUUAAAAUAAAGUAGAGAACACUUAGAUAAAAAAUGAUGAGGUGAGACUGAAAUAAGUUUUAUUUAAUUUAAUAUCAAAUUCAUCAAAAUUUACAACGAAUGGAUAAAUAUCAUUGAGUAUUAGUGAUAACAAUUAGGAUAUUUAAGAGUUUUAUAUAAAUGUUCAAAAUUAGAUGAAAUAAAAUAAGUCAAAAUAAAGUUUGUGUAAGAUAGAUGAAUAAUUAAAUAAUUUAUUAUUAAUUACAGUUUCUGAUACAGGAGUUGGUAUAAGUGAUGAAGUAAAAGGUUAGUUAUUCAAAAGCUACAGUACUUUUGAUAGUGAGAAAAAAUAGAAUAGGUAAAGAAAUCAUCAAAUAAUAGGAAUGGAGUUGGACUAGGAUUAAUGAUUAGUAAAUAGUUAUGUGGAUAUAUUGGGCCUUUGAAAUACAUUUAUAUUAGUAGCAGAAUCGGUGUUGGAACAAAUUUUUAAUUUGUUAUAUAUAAAACUCAUUUUGAUGAUAUUGAAAAUGUUGAUGAUCAACCAAUUUAGAUUCAUUAAGUUAGAUAUUAGAAAAUACCUAAGUAAACACCAUAAAAUAAAUAAAGAAGUGUAUUGUUAGUAGAUGAUGAACUUUUCAAUAAUGCAACUAAUAAAUAGUUGUUUUAACAAUGUGGAGUGAAUUAAAUAUAGAUAGCAUAUUCUGCCAGUGAAGCAACUUAAAUGGUUAAAUAAAAGUAAUUUGAUAUGAUAUUGCUUGAUAUCAAUUUACCAGAUAAAAGUGGAAUCUCAUGCAUUAAGGAUUUUAAGAAAUUUAAUAAGAAUGCCAAAAUAUAUAUUCUUAGUGCAUUUGAUGAUUAAGAAACUAGACAACAAUGUAUAAAAGAAGGAGCAGAUCGUUUAUUUUAAAAACCAUUAACAUAAAAAUAAAUAUUAAAUAUAUUAUGAAA